UCCCCCCGCCCCGCGCCGAGAGCGCAGUGUCGCGUCGAACCUCUCGCAGAGCGCGUCGCACGUCCGAGUACCGGCCGCCGCCCGUCAUCAGUAGUCGCCGUACCGCGCAGCCACGUAACCUCUCACCUUCUCCUUAGUUUUUAGUAGUCGGUAGUGUGAGGAGAGUGCGGAGAGAGGAAGAGAGCGGAAGAGAGAAGGAGAAAGUUAUCGCCAAAGGGAGGCAAGAGAAGAGUAAUAUCGGAGCAAAGAGAGCGAGCGAGAGGUCGACAGCCUUUUUUCCUCGUGUACUCUAUUAGUCGUCGUCGUCAUCGUCCUCGUAUUCGUCCUUCUCAUCGUUGUCGUCAUCCUUGUCGCCGUCGUCGUUGUCGUCGUCGUUGUCAUCGUCAUCGUGCGUCGUUCGGCGCGGCAAACCUGCGGGUGUCCUGAUCCUCAACCCGCCCGCGCGUCUCCAUCAGCGUCAAUAAUCGCGCUUUUGUCGUAGUGUCGCGCGAUUAUCAGUCAACGCUACCCUCCGUGAUCGCGGAGUGGCCAAAGGGUAGAUAGAGGCAGAGAAAGAGAGAGAGAGAGAGAGAGAGAGACAGAAAGAGGAAGACGAAGGAAAGGUAAAAAGUUACAAGUGGAAGCUCCAACCAUAACUGGAGCACUGGGACCGUUGAGGGAGUCCCGAGGGAAGUCAUCGCGCGUGUCGUGACACCACCCCCUCAUACGUCACGAGCAUUAUCGCGACGACGCUCGCCGCUGCCGUCGGCGACGAGAUUAUUGCCGCGAGCACCGACCAGGACAGCAACAACAACAACACCAGCAACCACUGGCACCACUCAUUCGGACGGAUACGUGAACAGUCGGACGCCGUCUUUCCACCCCGGGCACGCGAGAGCCUCGACGACGACAACGAAUAAUCGUGCGUCGCGCGCCGCUAUGGAGCCCCAGAACCAGGAGAUCGUAGCGAGCGGCUCGCCCGCCGAGGUGCCGAACGAUCCAGGGAAAAUGUUCAUCGGCGGCCUAUCUUGGCAGACCAGUCCAGAGAGCCUCAGGGAGUAUUUCACCAAGUAUGGAGACAUCACAGAGGUCAUGGUCAUGAAAGAUCCUACCACGCGCAGAUCAAGGGGCUUCGGAUUCAUCACAUUCGCAGACCCUGCGAGCGUGGACAAAGUGCUGGCGCAGGGGAAUCACGAGCUGGACGGCAAGAAAAUCGAUCCAAAGGUAGCAUUUCCUAGGAGAACACAUCCAAAGAUGGUGACGAGGACAAAGAAGAUAUUCGUCGGGGGAUUAUCGGCGCCGACGACGCUGGAGGACGUCAAAAAUUACUUCGAACAAUUCGGUCCGAUCGAGGACGCUAUGCUGAUGUUCGAUAAGCAAACUAACAGGCAUAGAGGCUUUGGAUUCGUCACAUUUCAAAGCGAGGAUGUCGUCGACAAAGUCUGCGAGAUCCAUUUCCACGAAAUCAACAACAAAAUGGUCGAGUGCAAGAAGGCACAGCCGAAGGAAGUGAUGCUCCCAGCGAAUCUGGCGAAGACGCGAGCGGCCAGCAGAGGCGCAUACGAUUUUAUGUGGUCCCUGGGAGCAUUACCUGAUGGUUUCCCAGCGGCGGCGUACGCGGCAUACGCGGCAGGCCGCGGCUAUUCUGGGUACCCUAGUUUCGGAUUACCCUACCCGACAGUUUCAGGUGCCUUGGGACUACCGCCCUUAUCGGCAGGAGACACGUCGCUGCACGGCUACUCCGCGGAAUACAGGGUCAUUCCCGAGCAAUGAGAGCCGGAAACGCCAAGAGACCUCCCUGCAGGGAGGUCAAACGGCGACGUUAGGAGGGAGGAGGACGCUUAAUUUUUCAAUGACGCUCGCGAGAGUCAUCGGGGAAAAGACGUGGAACUAAGAGUGAAGGAGGCGACGAGCGGCGUGUUCCCUCGCGAAAGUGUCACCCCGUUUUUCUCGCGAUACGCGUUAAUAUAACUGCUCGGACGGGUAGAUUCCCUCGAUCCGAUCGGGGGAAGAUAAAGGACCGAAUCCUUUUAUUUAGCCUCUCCCCCCGUGACCCCUUUCUUACGACGGAAUAACGAGCUGCAACGGUCUCUAUAUUUUUCCCGGGAUAACGCCGCUUGAGUAGACAGCGUAACGACGACGGCAACGAGAGCGACGACGACGACGACGACGACGACGACGACUACGACAACGGAACGACGACGAUUUCCUCUUAGAAUGCAAACGCGAUAACGAGCUUCUUCUCCCCCUCGCGCGCGAAGGAGGGUGGUAGUCCCUGACGCCUCAUUGGACAUCAGUCGGUUUUUCAGAGAAACUCGAAAGAACACUCCUUUUUUUCUCUUCGUCGGCUUACCGCUCGUUCGUGUACAUCGCGAAUACAAUUCGUGGACUUUCGCGGAUACAUCGGGCUCUCUUUACCUCAUCGCUCUUCCACGACGGACCGGCUCACUAGUGCGAGGAUCAAUUUUAUUGUACAAGAACCGACUCGAGCUUGUACGGGUGGCCGGGAAAUCGGUCGGAUUAUUCUGAUAGCAGAAUAUCGGAUAAGUGGGUGGAAGGGAGGGGUGGGAGGGCAAUCUCGUAAAAGGGAUAAAACUGGCACGUGCAUUGUGGACGAGAAUGUUUUGUUAUCCAUUUAUUGUUCGAUUCACGUCAAUAUGUUAUCAAUACAAUUGUUCUUUCAGACUUUGGUUUGUGUUCUUUUACUCUUUCUUUCAUCCCCCUUUCCCACCGACAGCGACGGAUUGCGCGAACGAUUGGUAAAGUGAACCACGAUAUGAAUGAUAAAAGAGGCAAAAUAUUAAUUUAACUUAAUUACUACCAGCUAAUGUGAUAUUUUUUACCCUUCUGUACGGUUUGCGAGUAUGAAUAACUAAUUUAUCGACAAUUCAAAAUUAUUUAGCAUUCAAGAAAUAUAAAAGAAAUAAUAUAAGUGAUCAAGCUUAGUUUUAUUAUAUAAUCAGAUGCAUUUAAGAAGAUUCAAAUUCGCGUUUUGUUUUAUUUUAAUACAUUAUUUUGUUUUAAUUCAUCGUCGCAUUAUUAUUUAUAAAAUCCACAGCGUCGGUGCUUAGUUAGCUUUAGACUACAUCGCGAUCGAUAUGGCACGCACCGCGAUUGAUGAUACUUCUUUCGAAGAGACUCUCCGAAAUACAGAAUAUUUCUAUUCACUCCAAUUAGAAACGAGAGCAAAGUAGAAAAAGGAGACGAAAGAAGCGAGAAUUUUACGUGCUCACAAUUCGCGUAUACGUACACGCGAAUCGAAACUAGGUCCUUUCAUCGGAGAGCCGGGGGGUGGCCGGGCAGCUGCGGCGAAGCGGAAGGGUUGCAUGGGAAGGGGGCAGAGGGGGCAGAGGCGCACCGUCGUAUUUCACAGUCAUUACCGUAACGUGUUACCGUGCGCGCUCGUUGCGCCACGCAAUAAAUCGUCGGUUACCGUUACCGUGGUGGUCGGGGGUGCGAGAAGGGAAUGAACAUGGGAGGGUUAUUGUGGCGCUUCAACUCGCCACCGUGCCAGUGCGUCUCUGCUAACCUGCCGUUCGCAACGAUUGCGACCUCCUUUCUGGUACUUUGUGCUCGAAUCUCCCCCGCUUUUUUCCACCCUUUUCAGUGCAAGUUGGCUUAAUCCUUAAAUUCCGGAUGAUUGCACGUUAAGCAUGGAGACAUCUUUAUUGGACGGUCAUCGUUUCAUCAUUUCUUUUCACUUACAGUUAUCUAUCAGGCUAUGUUACGUGUAAAUUGACGUCUAAAUUUACAGAUUUAUUCUUUUCUAUUAUACACGUAAAUCGCAUUACUUUGAUAAUUUCAAUAUAAAAAAAAUCAAAGUAAUCACCCCUGGAAAAAUAAAUUUGUACAAAUUAAACCGUGACUUUUGCGUUUCGCAUUUUAAUUUUUGGUCGAUAUUAAUUUUCUUCUUAUGCAAUGAUUACGUUAUUUUAUAUUUUUAUUCAGUUUUAUCUACUAUUUCAAAUCUUUAGAAUGUACAAAUGUAAAAGUACAAACGGUUGUUAUAUAUGUAUGUGUGCCAUUAUGUUUUUGUUCCCAAAGGAACAUAUACGAGAUACGAGUACAGUAAGACACGAGACGUACACAACGGGCACAGCAUUGCGCAAACAGCGUAUACCGUAUUUCUUUCAGAGGGUUGCCAGAUUUCUCCGCGAUUCGCAUUCACCCCGGCUGCCUGCAUCUUUCAUUUCCGCUCGGAUUGCUCGACAUUGUCCGCUCAGGAGUAUCGCCACGUAGUGCUCAGACGCGGACGACUAUGCGCGAUUGCUCCAAUACUCGCGAAUUAAUUCCGCGACAAGCUCGAUUCGCGCCACUUUCGAGAGCACGUUAUUACGUUCCGCCGCGCGUUGCGGUGACGGAUUUUUUCUUUUUUUCUCUCUCUCCCCCCUUUUAUUUCCGUUUUUGCGCUUCUGGCCUUUGUUCCUUCCCAUCAACGGCAAUGCGUAUAACUCCAGUGCUUUCCGUUUUCUCCCUUUCAUCGCUCCUGCGUCGUUUCCGUCUUUGUUCGACGCAGGAGCAGCAGACCGACUCGCUUCUCUCUCCAUUCGCGAAUUCGAACCGCGAGUAGAUGCCGGAAAUAAAACGUGGCGAACGAGACGGAGUCAAGGGAGGGGAUUUCGAUUAUUCUUGCGCGCAAUACUGCAAUUUUCUUGCGGAUACGCGCGAAUCGUUUGCGGUUUGUCUUAAAUCUUUGCGGGCAUGGUCGAGACGAAGUCACGAAUCCAGUGGAACGGUCGUAGUUUACGGCACGCGGAAACGCGAUUAAUGAGAAACGCAAUUAAGGAAAGAUGCACGUGCACAUCUUUGCACGUUUCUUUUAUUGCAUUCAAAUGUGAAUUUAUACAUGGUAUGCAUCUAUCAGCUACGAACAUCACCAGUUACAAAGAAAUAAUUCUCUAAUAUGCAACGAUCCACAAGCAUACUGUUCACUUAUAUUUUCCUUUCCUAUUAUCAUGUAUUAUUACGCGCAGAUGUAUCCGGCAAAUUCUAAUUACCGUCUCUAAUUGGGAAAGCUAGAAUACUGAUUGUGAGUUGAAUCACGACGCAACGACCUUUUAAUUAAACGUCAACGCGUUUGAUUGUGUAAAUUCCGAGUAUCGCAAGCACAGGGGAAUUUUUGCACUCAUCACGCAGAAAUAAAUCGCCGCAUCGACGGGAUCGAACGCGGAAUUAAUACUCGAUACGCGCGAGAUAUCGGGCGCGAGAAAAUCUGUUCUUCUACGUUCGCGCAACGAGAGAUAUAUUUUCUACGCGUGCCGUCGUCGUACAUCUCUCUUGUGCUCGCUGUACAAUAUUUAUACAUAAAUAUAAAUAUACAUAAACACCUACACACCUAUAUACACGCGUAUACACAUAUACAUGGACCGUUGUACAUAUCGCUCGCAUCGCGGAGCGAGGCUAAGGUAAUGCGUUAUAGCUUAAGGGAAACCUUGCGACUCCGCGCUAAGAAUCCCAAAUAUCUUUGAAGCUUAUAUAUAUAUAUAUAUAUAUAUAUAACGUGUGCCGUUUCUGGAGAUUUACGAUAUCGCCGUCAUGCGAGAGACACAUAUAGCGUAUACAGCGGCACCUGCUCUCACUCCCGGAACACAAAUGCAAACUCUUGCCCCCGCAACGAGAGUUGCGUACAAACACGUGCGCGGCGCGCACGAAAGUGCUCGAGAGAUUUCGCCCCGAGAAUGCACUGGGUCACGAAAGUCUACGUACGGCUGAAGAGACUUGAAGAAAGUGUCGGAACUAAUAUAAAGUCCUCGCAUUUUUGAGGUGUCCCGCGUGUCCCAGUAGCGCGAAAUCGGACUACGGAAAUAUGCGAAAUUAAAAGAGCAAUAUUGUUGAUUAGCUUCCCCGCCAAUUUCCAUCGGUAGAGCUUUCUACAAUCAGUUUAUACGCACGGUACAUAUUUUUUAAAAGCAUCGGUGAAUAUAUUACAAAAUUCUCAAUGAUUUUUGUUAAAUCCAAGAGAAGAGAGAGAAACUACAGUUUAUCACAUUGUUGCGGUAUCAAUAUUUUGCAUAUUACUGAAUACAAAACAUGUUUUCUGUAUAUAUAAUAAAUUCGGGACAUCUAAAUAUUUUUAUUGUUUCACGAUAUUGUGGUAUGUGGUUAUUUUUGCGAAUAUUUUAUAGGAAAACAAAACUUUUUAUCAUUCUUAUUGUUAUUUCAUAAUUUCGUUAAACAAACGGUGCAGCAUAUUCUGUGAUUUAUUCUGUUCUAUAUCUCGACGCUCUCUGGAACAUCUUGUAAAUACGCGCAAUUGUACAGUUAUUUAUUCACGUCAUACAUUAUGUACACAUGAUAUAAAUAAAGGGAUAAAUGAUAUAAAUAAAUAUAUAUGUAUAUGUAUACAGAGCGGGGGUGAUGUAAAUUAAUGUUGCUCAUAUUUGUUAAACUGCGAGUCUUCUGAAUUAUUAAUGGAAUAUCAUUAAUCUCUACGAUGGCGAUCACAGUCCUGUGACGAUCAGACGAUGAUAAAUAUAGAAUUGCCGCAAUUAAUAUGAUGCGCGAUACUAUUCGCCGGGCCGCUCUUCAUCACGCAUUAUUAGAAUAAUCUCGCGGCAGAUGCAUUUGCAAUUGGCACCCCGCGAUAUUCGGCUCGACGCAGGUAUUGCGUAAUUUAUCAAGCUAAAAAUUCAAACAAACAAAAGAAUUUUGCAUGCCGAAAAUUUCCACGGCAAGCUGAAUGAACCGUAGGAUAAUCCUCAAUUUCAAUGCAAAUUACCGGUGUCGUUCUAAUCAAUUCAACGCGCCCGAGCGUCUAACUAGAAAAAUUAUAAAAUUAUAUUUCGCGCGAGAAUAUGCCCCUGUGUGAUUUCAACAACGAUUUCAUAGAGCUGAACGUUACUCCGCCAGCUAUGAUAUUCACUUACGCGAACAAAAAGAUCAACCCCCUCAAUGAUGCAUAAAAUUCUGUUUGGAAUAACCUUUUACUGUUAACAAAAGUCGCACAACUCUCGCUCAACUCGCUUUACGUCACAUCCGAGCGAGGUAUUGUCGCUGUUAUCAUCAAAAGGUUAAUCCGAGUAUGUAACCGCACGUCUUUUCGAUUUUUGAGUGAACGAAUGAACGAACGAACGAACGAACGAACGAACGAACGAACGAACGAACGAACGAACGAACGAAUAUUUUUUGUGUUACCGGUGACCGUCGAAGGCCGAUUCUGAAUUUCAUCACCGAAACAGCCUGUUCUCGAACGUGAAUCGUUUGACCGGAAAUUACAAAAUGUUCACAGACGCAUGGCUGGCAAACUCUGUGGUCCUCCGUCAAGCAAAGCGUCGCCUGCCUCUACCCCCAUUCCAUUAGGUACUGCCAAACACAAGAGAUUCUAAAAAAAAGUAAUGCCACGCGAAAAACGCGUAUACACACGUACAAAUACAUACACACGUAUACAUACAUACAUGCACACGUACACGUAUAUGCACGCACGUACAUACGCAUCGCAUACCGAAACACAGGAAUACCUUCGACAGAAAUAUCUCGCGCGAAAAAGUGCUCGCCUUCCUGCAAAAGCAUUCACUCUCAAGCAAACAGCAACGAAGGAAUGGCAAGGAAAGAAACGGGUAAACGCGUAAAUAUCGAAGCAAGAGAAAAAGAGACAGAGAGAGAAAGAGAAAGAGAACGGGCUGUACAAAAGAAACGAAAGAAUACAUGGAAAUCGGGCGAGACGAGAUUUAACGGUAUCCUCAAUGGAAGUCGCGCGAAUGCUGUAGCCACCUUCUCUCUUUCUCUCUAUCUCACUCUUUCUGUCCCUCUAUUUCGUCUUCUUCUUCUCGUUCAUGUAGAAAUAGACAGAUUUGUGUAUUCCUUCGUCGUUACUCCGAGAAGAGCCUAAGAGAUGAGCGCUCGUUCGAAUCUACGAUACUCCGGUGGCGAGACUACUCGUAUCGGGGAACCGGACAAAUUACGAUGCUACAAGGUUCGCUUCUGACCGAAUUUAUUAAUCGAAGUAAUCGACGCGAUAUUCCUACAGACGAGUACAACUUUUCAGCUAGAACAGCUAGAAACAGUCAGUCGGAGAUAACGAUUCAAUGGAGAAAUGGUACUUUGUAAACGAUCAUAGCGGUUGGUAUAAUCGUAGGCGCAGGUUUUCGCUGAACCGUUUCAGGAUCCUAAUUGUGGUAAUUACAAACAUCAAAGUGUCAGAGUCCCGUGUGAUACGAGACAGUCCCGCCACUAGCCAUCAACGAUCGUUGCCUAUCUAACGUGGAAACGUAGAUGUAACAAGCACAGCUCAUUUGCCGAGAUAAUUCUUACCCCUUCGUCACAGUAUGUGUGUGGGGGGAGAGGACAUAGCAGCGCAGCUGUAGUAAACGUGAAAACACGGAAUAAUGAUAAAUUGACGAUAUAAUCCAAGUUAGAUAUCUUAAUGCGAAGUUAUAAUGAGCCAUAAUGAGAGCGCAAGUUAGAUAAUGACUGUACCGUAGGCACAAUUAACGAUUAUUAAAGACCACGGUCUCCGUUUCGUCCUCCUUCGUGUGCUCCCCUAGGAAUCACCUCCUCCUGGUAACUGUCCUACCCCCCGCCAGGUUCCCCGCCAUUCUUUUCCAUCUACUUGAAAACUUUAACGCGUUUCUCUCUCAGAUAGAUGUUGAUCUCACGUAGUCGAUUCAAGAUGUAGUCACGUUCUAUGUAAUCUCUAAGCUAAACACACUUUAAUCGAAAACGCUUAGUGUAGGAAGUAUAUACGUAGAUAUAAACGCGAUAUAGACGUUUCCGAGUGCCUCGGUUACGGCGCCUUGUCGAAGCGACGCGCGUGUCGAAGUUACGCGUCAAUGUUUCAUAAUAAUCCCGAAAUUCGCCGCCAGCAAUUAUGGUCGAUCGAAGGGUAGCGGCAGGUGUGUACGCCCUAACGAGGGCGAGGUUCGUAACAACGCGAAGUUGCGCGUGACCAAAAUUGCGAACGAACGUGCGAAAUUCAACUCCGUAAAAAUCAGACCGCCAGCGAUACCGAAACUUGAAAAGGCAUAAAACUUGCCGCGGUCGAUUUUUCCUCGGCGAAACGUGGGGGCGGGAGGUGCAGAGGGUGUAAUUUAUCACCGAUUCCUACUUCUGCGAGCUUAGAUAUCUUGGCAGCAGGAAAUUAAAUUUUUACUAAGAUAGCCUAUCGCAACAUAAAUUUCUGUUAAGGUGAUGAUGCGCAAAAAAAGAGAGGAAAAAAGAGAAAAAGAAAGGAAGAAGGAGAGAGAUAGGAGAAAGAAACGAUUGAAUAAAAGGAGUAAGUCUCAAGUGCAAAUAAUUUGCACAGUUUGCUGAUAUCGUACUCGGUGUACUGAUAUGCUGAUCUAACUACGAAGUUAUCAUGGAAGAAUAAAAGUGUAUCGCUCAAGCGCAUCGCGCGUACAAGGUGCCGUUGUCGCGGCACAUGACUAUUUCUUCUCCAGAAGGAAGUUACAUAUUGCUAAACGUAGAGUAAGGCAUACGUCGAGUUAGGCUCGAGUGAAACGUAAGAAAGAAAAGAGUACCGACCCUCGUAGGAGAGAUUAGCAUCGAGAUAAGCAGCUCAAAGACCGUUGGCCAUUUUGCGCUUCUUGUUAUUAUUCUACCGUUAAACUCAUUCCAGGCCUUUCCGAAGUCACCAUAUUUCCGUCCCUCGAUAUGUAGAGAGUCUGGAAACCGCGUAAGCAAGGACGGCGCGACGCGUCGCGACGCGAAACAUUAUUAAUUAAACAGACUUAAUGCGCGCGGUGGUAACAGUUAUAUAAUCGGGGAUUUAUAUUAAAAUCCCCGCAUAUUAAUUACACUCUCAUUAUGCGGCGCAUUAAAGUUUCUCAUUUAAUUAAAAUAAUAUUCUAAAGCGUCCGCGCACGUGGAAUAACGUAAAAGGAGUAAAAUGCAAUUAAGAUUAAUUAAGGAUAUUAAGGAUAUUUGUAAAAAGGAAAAGAGUAGAUUGCAUGCGCAAAUCGCUGUGAUGCGGUACCUUCGUGUUCCCGCACGUUGCACAUGCACAUGCACAUUUACUCUCACACCUAACGGAGAUUAAGAGUAAUUAAUUACGGCGCGGAUUUAUUAACGGUAAACAGAGGAGACGCAAGAGAGGUGUCGUCGCGCUAAUUCCUCCGCCUUGCUUUCUCGGUUUCGCUCUUCCUACCCCUCGCUGGCCCGCAUCCCUCAGGCGUUAUUCCACCCGUACCGCAACGUGUCAUGCGUUCGCGAGAGCUGUGAUCGCGUUUGGAUUCCGUUGUGUGUUCCCGAGUUGUCGUUAAUGAAGGUCCUACGAACCAUCCGUGAAUUGUGAGGCGAGAAAAAGUAAACAGAAAAAGAAAAGUAUGUACGAAAAAUAUAUCUUAUGACGAGUCUCGCACGCGCGCACGCAUAAAAGGGAAAAAAAGAAAGAGAGGAGAGAGAAAGGCGACGAGCGAGUUGUCCGUCCUCGUUCCUGAGACGUUAUGGAGAACGCAGAUUCACGAAAAGAGCAGCCAGAUUUAUGCUCGUUCCCGCGGAUUGUCUCGCCAGAACUACGGCAAGUCGCUGAAACACAAAUUGUUAAAGGCUUGCAUCCACAUCCUCCUUUAACGCCGCAUUCAGCCGUAAAUGUAACCGUCUAAUUUUCAGUUGCGGUUCGCUUAUGCGAAAAUCAUCCGUUAGUGUCACUAAAAUGAAAAUCGAAGAGUGGCAUUUAGCGCCGAAUGUACCAGAUUCUGGAUUUCUCGACAAAAUUUACGUUUCGAUAUCGUGAAGACUCAUUAAAUCAAGACUCAGAUGGUCUUCAAAUGUCGCUUAAUUUCGAGUCCUACUUUGCUUAAUUUACAGAUUCCAUUGUCCGUCGAUCGACGAGUCAGGCAGUUGCACUUAGCGCUAAAUGCACGAUGCGAAUGCAGGCCUGAGAGUUUGCGAGCGAGACAAUUAAGUAUUCGCAUGAGUAAGCCAAAUCCAAGAGGAGACACUUAUGUCCUGAGCUUAUAUACAUUUGUUAACGACACAAUGCUUAAAUGAUAUUAUUGAUACUUUUAUGCGCGGCUAUAGUUCGCUCGCGUUAACGUCGCCGUACUCGAAGACAAAUACUUGUAAUGUGUCGUUUUUUCCUUGCAUUUAUUGACGAAAUCCACAUCGUCGACGAUAUCGUAAAACUUACGCGUACGAUUUUCCGCGUAAGCGAUACAACUUCUUUAUUAGAUUUCCUUCGGAAUGGCGUGUUUAACGUUAUCGAGCUGUGGUCCGAUUGUUGCUAUUCGUAAGAUUGUUGUUAAAUCACUAUGAUCGCGCGUGGAUAAAGAUAAUACUUUGCCCGAUCCCGAGAAUGACUCUCACGAUGCCAUUUGCGCUCAUGAAGCAGGUCUGACAAUGCUGAAGCGCAUGCCACGCAAGACUACUUGAAGAACGUCGCAACAUUAUGAAAUUAAAAAACGCAAUUGGAGAACGUUCAUAAUAUGAGAAAAUAUACCGUCCAAGAUAAUAUAAUAUUUGUGAGAGCAGAUUGACGCACUUCUGAAGCCGAUUGACUCGCGGGUUAUGCUUGGGAUUGAAUUAAAACGUCAAUUAGGGGUUAGGAAAAAGGGAGAAGUUUAAGAAAUAUUUCUUUCGAUUAUGAUGUAAAGUAGAAAUCUUUUAAUAUGUUUUUGAUCCUUAAAUAUCAUGGUGAAUAUUUGUAUCAUAAUUUCUGUAAAGUUCGGAUGUGAUCAAUAGUUAGUACAUAUAUAUAUAUAUAUAUAUCAGAUAUAUUUAAUAUUCUGAUAUCAUUUUUCAACAGAAAUAGUCAUAUGGAAAAUUAGCAAUUUCAGUUGUAAUUUUAGAUGCAUCAAUAUAGUAAAAAAAAAAGAAAAACUGGACUAGCAUGUCGCUUCACCAUGAUACUUACAGGCUAAUAAUGUCUGCUAUUCGAGAUCUCAUCUUCGCGUUCUAUUCGCGCAUCUAGAAAGUGACCCGUGUUGCUUAAAUGCAGGCAGAUACAUCUAUUUAAGUUGAAGCCAUCGUACGAAUGAGCUUUUUACGGUUUGCUCGGAAAACCUCUUCAAGUUUUCUUGCACGCGAAAUCGUUUUAUUCGACAAUCUUUCUUGACACAUAAAAUUUCAAACGGUAAUAGAUUCAUGCUUCCAACGAUGCUCCUUUCCUCGGCUUGCGCCUUAAGGAUAACACACAUCCGUGAAAGUAAUUAAUUUAACAGGCGAUCGAUGAGGGCUCGGACGAUUAACUAGGCUACCAACGAUGAUAUAGCGUAACAAGGUGACGAAAAGCGAACCUGCAGCCGCGAAAGUGUUUUGUAAAUGUCUCAUGGGGUGCUCGGUAACAUUUAAUGCCCGUCAGAGAUCGCUCUGGAACUGAACGAUAGAGUGAGUUUCGCUCACGCACGCGCGUAUACAUAUUAAACGCCGCCAUGUAACGAUUCUCUGAAGCUCUAUUAUUAUAACGAUUAAGAAUUAUAAAUAAUAAAUGUCUGUAACAAAUAAAAAGUACCACGCAAC